AUGGAUAUCGAUGCCUUUGAGGAAGCUCUGAAGAAACUGCGCUUAGAGGACUUUGUUCCGUUACACUCAGCUUUUUCUACUCGAGUUCUUGGACUGAAACCUGGACAACGGGCUCUCGUUAUCAACGGCCGGAUAUUGGGCCCACUGGGACCCGAAGAGUCCUUCUCUACAGGUGACUUCCGUCUUGCUGAACAAAUCACUCUGUCAGGAGGAGCUCGUUCGAUCAGUGUCCUUCUUUCUCGCCUUUCAAAGUCUGAAACAGGGGCUUCCGGGCAUCCAGAACUCUCAGAAUUGACCUACCGCGUUCAUGCUUUGCUAAAGGCUAAUGAAGAAACUUCCUCUGAUCUUGUGACCAGCAAUGGCAUGAUUACUUACGAGGGAAUAUCUCUUGGCGAGAAUAAUCAGCGCAUGUAUUUCACUGAUCUCCCCAACCAUUUGACUGGACGGCUUCAGUGGAAACCACGAAGGGCAAUCGAUCAGCCCGUCUUCCAAAUAAUGGCUCUUAUUGACCCGGCCUCACAGUCUGCUCAACGCCUCUCCCAUGUUCUGCUGACACUCUAUGAAGCACUUCCUUGCUCUGUGCAGAUCGUUCUUAAUCCUUUUGGCUUCGCCUAA